UGUUUCAGAAAAGUUCUGUUUCGGACUGGAUGAAUGCUCAAGCUAUAGCUAAUGCUGCUGGAACAGUUUCUGUGAAUUUCAUGCAAGCUAUGUAUCAGGAACAUAUGAAAUAUCCUUUUUAUAAACAUUAUCCUAUUUUUAAAACUGAAGUCACAGUCUUGGCUAACUAUGCUGCAGAUGAAAAGGACAUCUCUGAUAUUGUAACCGAUAUCACAGACAUAAUAGCUGUUGUAGAGGAUUUGAUUCAAACUGCUGAAAACACUUUGUGUGUGCAUUACAAAAGUCAGUCUUCUUCUGGUACUGAAAACCCUGCCUGUGUUUUAGAGAGUGAUCAGUGUGUGGAGAAAACAUACAUGGAAAUGAACAAAGAAAAUAUUUUUGAUGUUUCCAAGAUGCUGUCUGGUAUCGUGGAUAUAGUUGAGAAUACUGUCUUAUAUGAUGAAAAGAAAAAAGAAAAUGAUCAUUCUUUUCUAAAUAACCAAAAUGUGCUGGAUACUUGUAGGGGGAUGAAUCCUGAGAAAAUUGAUGACAUUUCUUCUGUAGAAAAUACGGUUGUGGACAUUGCCAAGACAUGUACGUCUUUUCUUAAAAAUAGUCUCUUGGAUGUGAUAUAUACUAAAGCUGUUCAAUCACCAAAUAUUGUUAACCUCAGUGAUUUGGAAGGUAGAGACAGCUCUGUUUCAGCUCUAUUACAAAGCUCAUCAGAUUUACAUUCAUCUGGUUUCAACUCGGAGGAAAGGUUUGAUAAUAGAAAUGAAACUGUGUCCUCAUGUAGUAUAAUUCCGUUGAGUAACAGUAAUAAUAUAUUAAAUUCAAAUGAUAGUAGCCUUGUUCAGACUUCUCAACAUUCUUUAUGUUCUAAUGUCUGUAGUGUAGGGACAUCUGUAAGCCAAACUGAAUUGUCAGGCCAUAUCUCUGAAACCAACAAUUCUAGUGUUGUAUAUCAUGGAAAUCAGCUAACUUAUAUCAAAAACUCAAAUUUAGGUAUAAAAUUUUCAAAUGAUGAUGAAAACGUUUCUGAAAAUGAAACUGAUACUGAUGAUGAAAGUGAUUCAAUGUCUGUUGAUAGAUACUCCUUGGAGCAAAGUUCGAGUUUUUCAGAUGACUCAUUGUUAUCCGAGUGUUCGUUAACAUCUAACAGCUCUGAGUGCUCUUCAGAGUACGAUUCAGGAGUGUCGGAUAUUUCAAGCAGCCCUAAUGUAGAACAGGUGCCUCACUCUGUUUCAAAUGGAUGCUCUUCACAUUCUGUUGAUGUGCAGAUUGUCUUGAAGUCUGUUAAUAAUGAAUGUACCAGAAGCCAUGAAGAUAUUCCUGAAAAUGCUCUGCCUAAAAUACGUACUCAGACGGAAUGUUUCACAUCAUUGGAUGAAUAUUCCAAAAAAUCACCGGUUGCUGUAACAACUGAAAUGAAUGAACUGUCAGUGGGUAUAGAUGGUUAUUCACAUGAUUCUAUUAGUGGGGCUUCAAAUGAUCAAGAAAGUGUUCAUGCUGCUUUGAUAAAAGCAUGCGAGAAGAAAAGUGACAAUGUUUUAUGUGAAGAAAAUGCAGAAUUAAACGCUGUCCUUCCAAAAUGUUCAGAAAGCACCCAACAUAAUUCUGUAGUGAACACUUCUGCAGAAUCUGAACAUUUGAGCAACUUACUGACAGCUGAAAUUUCUAUGUGUAAGACUGGUGAUACACAAACAGAUUGUGAUCUUACUCACUCUAAACAGUUGUAUAUUACUGAUUGUUUACCAUAUGAAAAAAUUGGAACCAAUUAUGGUCUUAUUUUCAAAGAUAUGGACUUAAGUAGCUCAGCUGUUUCUUCACCAGAAGUUGAUGAUGAUACAGAUUCAUUUGCAUUUGACCAAUUUCAUUUAUCAUCUCUUAAUACCGUUGCAUGGAAUCAAAAUUAUGGAUGCCAUUAUUAUUUGCUUUCUGCUGGGUCAUCAGGAAUUGCUAGGAUUUCUUGUCUGUCUGGAAUCUGUUCAGAAAAAGGGAAAUCUAUGGCCAGUGAUGCACAUAUAAUGUGAUAAGACUAAUAAUUUUUAAUGGUAAAGAAAAUAAACUGUGUGAAAUGAGUUUUAAAAUUUUCAUUUCAUUUAUAUCACUGUAUGCAAAUGAUUGUAAUAUAGUGUUUUGAUCUAGCUUCAAUAUCUAAUCCAAGUCAUCAAAGAAAUAUAUGUAUUUUUAAACUGUUAUAAAAUAUUUUUGCCCGUUCCCAGAAAUUAUAUUUUUUUAAAAUAUGACAUAUUUAGCAUCCAAAUCAUGGGUAGUACUGCUGAGUUGUGCUUAAUUAACUUUAUAAUAAUUCAUUAUAUUAAGAAAGUUUUAAAUAUGUAUAAUAACAUAACAAUGUCUUAAUUUUCUGUAUGUUGGUUUUGUUAUGUUCAAUGGUUUUGAGUUGUUACAGGUAUUGUUUCGUUAUAAGCUGAUUUGGUGAAAAUGUUUUCAGUAGGUUCAAUUUCUGAUUAAUAUACUUAAUCAAUAUUAUUUCUUUUAUAAUUGUCCAAAUUGUAUGACUGAGUAAUAAGCACUUUCUUGCAUUGUGAAUUAUGUUGAGAACUUGAGCAAUAAACUUUCCAAUGAGCAGUUACUUGAGUUGAGAAAUAUAUGAAUAUGCACUCUGUUAUUUAUAUAUAUAUACAUAUAAAUGAAAAAUUUAGUAUGGACUUUGAUCCAUUUUAAAUUAUUUUUUUCUGCGCAUUGAUUGCUUCUGCUACAGCAAGUAAUAAUGAUAUUGAGAACAUCCUAUUUAAAAUAUUUCAAGGUGGCGAUAGUUUCAAUUCUUUGAAAUUUUUCCCAAAUUUUAAUUGCUUUUACAAACACAAAUAUCAAUUAAAACUAAAUUUAUAACUCAUAUGCCAAAAUAUUUAUUCUUUGCACAGUGUCAAUUUAAAUGUUCUAAUUGAAAUAUUUUUUCUCACUCUUCACACACGUAUUUUAAAGAGAAACAAAAUGAACUAUCACUUGAAAUAAUUAUCUUGAAUUUAAAGUAUGGAUUUGAAAUAUAUUUAAGUUUUACUUUAAAUUGAUAUUACAUGAAGUUUCCAAAUUGAUAUGUUUAUAAAAUAAUGUGUGGCUGUAUAAAUCACUGCAAUUCAGACAAGACCAUAAUUUCAUUAAUUGGAAUAGUGUAAGUAAAAUUAAUAGUCACUGUUUAUUUCACUGUGUUUAUGUUGCUUGUGUUCAUCAAUGAAUAUUUAGCUUAUGAUGUGUUCAAAGAAUGUUUCAGUUGGUUACUCUGCAUAAAUUGCUAUUUCAUUCUUUAGUCUUAAUGCUGGUUAUGUAAGAAAUGGCUAAAUGAAAUGGCACAUAUUUAGAUAUUUGUUACUACCAAAUGAUACAAUCACUGAAUACUGGUAGUUGCUUGAGUAUGAAUUUUUUCCUCUGUUUAUAAAAUGAAUACAUGCUGCUUAUACAUAAAAAUAAAUAAAUUUUUAAAAAUUCUGCAAUGGCAUUGCUUUUAAAGCAGAUAGCCGUGAAGUACUUUGCUGAAAUAAAUUCAUUUUGUUUUGAUAAGUUGUACAAGGGGGGGGGAUGUGUUUGCUUUCAGUAAUUUUUUGUUGUGAAUUGUUAACAGUAUGCAUGUACUCCUCUUCCAAUAUGAUUGUUUUCUCUUUAAAUUUUAAUUUUUACUGAUUGCAUAGUAACUGUGUCAUUUACAUAAAAAAGAUAAUUAUAAAAAAUUAAUAUGCAUUUUUCUGCAGUAAAAACUAAUUUAUGCUUUGUGGGAUCUUUUACAAACAAACAAGGGUAACAACUUUCUGUGUAGUUUUUUAAUAAUGUAAUACUUAAUUCAUUUUGUACGUGUGUCAGUCAUUGAGUAAUUGAAUUUAUUAAUACCAUAACUUUUAUAGAAAUUUUUGUAAAUGCUUAUGUUGAAUGCUUGCAUGUUGGAAGCCAGUUUUUGAACAUUGUGACUCAGCAUAAAUGAAGUCUUACAAAUUUCUUUAUUUCUUAAAUUGUAAACUACUUGCAUUUCUCAGUUCUUUUAUAAUGUAUUCUUGCUACAUUCAUUGCUGUCAGUUCUGAAUUCGGUUUGCUUAAGCCCUUUAUUCCUUAAAACUGCUUUAAAUCUACUUCUGAAAAAUUUUACUCUUCAGUAACAGAAAUUAUCUUCAUUGUUUUUAUUUUUGUUCUUGGCUAUUCAAAAUGUAUCAUCUUAUGUGUCUGUUAGUUUUGUUCUUCUGUUUUAAUUAUUUAUAUAGUAGUAUGAAUUUUUUCUGAUUCUCUAGUUACUAGUAAUCUUCUUUAUGUAAUGCUUCAGUAAAUUCUUGGACAUGCUUAUGCUUUCAUUCUACAGUGAGUAAAUUGCUGAGAAUUAUUAAAAAAAUUAAAUGUGCAGGAAAAUAUAUAUUACAGUUUUAUAUUAAAAAGUUUGAGCUUGAUUGAAAAUAAAAAUUUAAGCAUUGAAAUUGAAAAAUAUGAGUACAUUAAAAUACAUUGGCUGUGUCAUGUAUUUGCUGAAUAUUAAAACAAAUGACUACACGUCAUAGAAAUUCAUUUAUUUAGAUAAUUGGUAGAUAUCUCUCUCGGAAUAAGCAAAAAUGUUUGUAAUCUCGCAGUUGUAACUGUAGCAAAAAAAAAAAAAAAAAAA